CAGAUUCAUCUCCUUUGCUUUUAUAAUAAAUCAAGUGAUUAUAAAGAAUGUCAGCAUAUGGUACCGUAGCACUAAUUCUGACACAUAACUUUUUUUUUUAUAGACAUCUACAGCAUUAUAGAUAUUGCAUAUAACCCAGAUGUUCUCCAGAGGGCAGAAGAAAACCCAGAAAAAAUGCAGCACUUGAUCCACUUGACCCUUAGAUUUGUUGAGGAGCGAUGCAAACUUGUCCUUUCUUAUCUGUACACCGUUGAAUCAUUCAAAUUGAAGGGAAGCCUGGAAAAGAUGCAGCAACGUCUGACGGGACAGCAGAUGCCAACUCCACGUUUCAGUCAGAGCACAAAGACGGAACUGACACUUGAUCAGCUGCUGCACACUCUGGAAGCCGAGGACUGCAGCAACGCUCCCGUGCUCCUGAAGGAAGAAAGUGUGACACAGUCUAAAGCGCAUCUGAUAGAGGAGAUUACCAGUACUGAAAUCGCAGAGAAGCCAAGUGCUCCUGUCUAUGAAAUGAUCACUGUGAAAGAUGCAAACAAAAACCCACUCAAAAUUGAACUCAGAAUUGAAUUGCCUAAGGUUAGCUCUGUUUCUGAGUGUGAUCUGAGAAUUUCAAAGGACGACGUAAUUAUUGAAGUCCCUGAAAAAUACAAAUUACAACUAGAUCUGCCAGAAGUGGUGGAUGAAGAAACAGCUACAGCAGUAUUUAACAAAGGAAAACGGGUAUUGUUUAUCACAGUGCUAGUUGCCAAGAGAUCUUUAAAGCCUGCCUUCUCUCCAGGUCAUGAUCACAGCUGAGAGCACAAAAGCUUCGAAUGUGAAUCCUUAAUUUUUAGGUGGUGAUGAGGUUGGUAUUUUUUUUAAUGACCUUCUAAUCUUCAGUGGUGAAUACCUUAAAUGCCUUUAGAAGAUGCAUGUAGAGGAACACUAGGACCACCCAACUUGGGGAAAAAAUAAGUAAAGAUUGUAAAUAUUCAGGGAGUACCUGAGUAUGUUAACAGUUGUAGCAAAGAACCAUAAAUGCAUACAUGCUUUACUACAUCAUUGAUUUUGCCUUAAGGUAUAGCAGGAACAGUUGUGAAGUCGUUUUGCUAAAUAAUUGGUUACUAGAUCCCAUGAUUAGAACAGCUCUCACAUUAUUUAAUGCCAGAACAAGCAGCAGAGGUGUCAUAGAGAGUUCUACCAGCUGCCCUGCACGCUGCUGCUGUUCUCUUUAGGACAAUUCCUGCUGAUCUUACCUGGAGUAGGCUUUGUGGUCUUUUCAGUCACUAAAUACGCUUCACCUCACUUCUUACCAGUUUGGUAAGCUCUGAAUGAGACCAUAAAACAGGCUUACUCUGUACUACUCAAAACAGCACAGAGAGAUUCAAAGCUCAGGAACCCUCGGCAUGAAGCUAGCAACCAAAACCAGUCUUGGAGCAGCACUUCAACUAGGAAAACCAUCUGUGUUAGUUUACACAGAUACACAAACCACAAAGGAAUACAAAGCAACACAAAAUUACUUCAAUGAUUAGUAAGCAUUACUAGAAUUAAUUGAGAAGGGGACAAAAGUUUUAAGUGAUCUUCGUUUCAUGACUGGUUUAAUAGUAGGGUCAUUCUUAUGGCUUCCAUGACACAUUUGCACUACAAUCACGUUUCUGUACUGAUACCAGAUCAGAAACGGCAAGAUAAAUAGGUUUUGAGCUGCAACUUUAAAAUACAGGUUUACAAACGAGUAAGUACUCCCAGUUUUCCCCCUUCUUUCUUUCAAAGAAACUUAGAUUGUUGCGUUGAAAUACUGUUCAGUUGCAAGUCCAAGCUGAAACUGCAGCAGUGCACAAGCUGUCCUGUUGCACCAGGAGUCACCCUCAGCACUCCAAGCACACACAACUCAAAAAAACCUACAUAGUGCAAGUGUUCCAGUCUGACAGUCACUCACAGAGUGUUUCCACAACAUGAACUAUUUCGUGUUCUCACUGCAGGAGGAAAGUGAAAGGUCUCCGUAGCCAGAAUUUCGAGGUUCUAGUGAAAACUGCAGCAAGGAAGCCAGGAAGAUUAAAGUUUGCUGCUGCAUGACCGUAAUAAAGCAUGUAUUAUUUUGGAACAUCUGUGAUGACAAUUUAAAGUUAAUAGGGUGAGUUUCACUCUCAGACUGAGAGGCUGAACAGCUCUGACUGUGCUACAGCAGUACAGUAAAGCCACACACAACUGAACAGAAAAGCACCAGAACGUGUUUUAGUAGUUGUCAAUUCCAAACAUUUAAUAGAAUGUAGGUUCACUAGAGCAGGUCUGGAACCAAGAUACUUUAAGAUCAUGAAUUUUUUUUUUUUUUUUUUUUGCUUAAGCCAGACAUGAAAACCAGGUAUCACAGCAACCGGACAUUAAAUAGUUCCCACAAAAAUAUUUAAUUUCCACAGUAUUUUCUUUUAACAUCUUUAGUGAAUUUUGUAGAACUUUACAGGAAACAGUACUUGAUGCAAUAUACAGAAUAACAGAUGACUUUAACUUCUUUUUUUUUUUU